UUGGACCAGUUUGACAGCGUGUCAGUCACUUGACGUUGAAGCUGGUCAAGGGCAAGAGGAUGCGAGUCGGGGAUCGGCGUUGUGCUUGGCAUGUCCGUCUCGUGGUCGGGCCGGGUGCGCGUGCUCGGACAACUUUUUUGUUCUUUCUCCAUUCCACAACGACGUUUCUGUACAUAUGCACAUAUGCAAACCACCAUGCCCAAAAGAAAGAGAGAUGGCUCGGAGGCGUCUGCCAGUGACGCAGAAGGUGUAGAAAGUGGUGUCAGCAUCCGCCAGCACAGAGUGCAACACAAGCUCGAGUAUGCCCACAAGCAGCUUGCGCGUGCCUUCAAAACGGCAAAGGGUUUCGAGGCGCAAAAGUCUGGAAGACGGCGCAAGACUGCUGGUGCAAAGAGUGAUGAAAAAGAGGUCGCGCGCAUAGAAGGCGAGACUGCUGCUUUGAAGACUCUGGAUCUCGCCGCUACCUCACGCAACUACCUCCACAAGUCUCUGAUCAAAUUCAAAGCAGUCGCAGAAUCACCCGACCUACCCAAGGCUGUACUGGCUCCUCCUCCGCCGAUCAGCGAUAUCUCCAAGGCCAACGUUAUUGCCCGACUGUGUAACUCGAACCCUGUCAAGGAAGCCCUGCCUCCGUUGCUCAAGGACAUUCAAAAAGCCCUUGGUGUUGAGGUCAAAGAUGUGAAAGAAGGGAAGAAGAGGCUGAGAGCAAAGGACAUUGAGAAGCAGAAACAGGAGGAGCAAGCAAAAACACAACCACCGAAGUCGUCACGUCAUGCAGCAGAGCCUGAAUCUGGCGAUAUUAGUAUGGGAGAACCAAACGACGAGAGCGAUAUCGAACAGCGCACAAAGCGCAAACAAAUUCCGGAGAGCACUGGGAACGGCAGUGAUGACGAGUUCGCAGAAUUCGACGACAGGCUGGCGGGCUCGUCCGACAGCGAAGAUGAAGCACAAACAUCACCCUCACGGUCACCUUCACCUGAAUCAGACGCUCCGCCAGUUAGAGCUACCAAAGCCGGUACAUCGGCGUUUGUGCCUUCCCUUACCAUGGGUGGCUACUGGUCUGGCUCCGAGUCUGAAGCCGAGGAUUUCGAAGACGGACCACCGAAGAAGAAUAGAAGAGGUCAAAGAGCGCGUCAGGCUAUCGCUGAGAAAAAAUUUGGCAAGAGCGCAAAGCAUUUGCAAAACCAGGAAAAAGCAAACAAAAGUGAUAGAAACUCUGGAUGGGACGCCAAACGAGGCGCGACUGAUAGAACUGGCCCGCGUGGAGCUCGCGGUGCCCCUAGAGGCCGCUUUGAGAGACCAGGGCAGGAUCGGGGAGUCAGAGGUGACGCUGCUGAGCCGCCAAAGAAAAAGCACAGAGAUGACCAGGGUCCUAUUCAUCCUUCAUGGGAAGCUGCGAAGAAGGCCAAGGAAGCAAAGAAAGUCACAGCAGUCUUUGAGGGCAAGAAGAUUUCUUUUGACUGAUGAGCGAUAAAUGCUUCAUGGAUCGCGCCUGCCUCCAGACAUCGUUUAUGAAGCUGCAUCAGACGUUGAGUCGGUCUGCCAAUACUUCGGGGAGCAGCGUGCGGUCAAUGAAAACAACAUCUUCCGUCCCAUGCAUUGCCGCCAUGAUGUGCUUUACUGAUUUGAAUCGUUUAUCU